AUGAAGCUUGUCAACAUCUGGGUGCUUCUGCUGGUGGUUUUGCUCUGUGGGAAGAAGCAUCUGGGCGACAGACUAGAAAAGAAACCUUUUGAAAAGGCCCCGUGCCCUGGCUGUUCCCACCUGGAUUUGAAGGUGGAGUUCUCCUCAACGGUUGUGGAAUAUGAGUACAUUGUGGCUUUCAAUGGAUAUUUUACGGCCAAAGCUAGAAAUUCAUUUAUUUCAAGCGCCCUGAAGAGCAGUGCAAUCGACAACUGGAGAAUUAUACCUCGAAACAAUCCAUCCAGUGACUACCCUAGUGAUUUUGAGGUGAUUCAGAUAAAAGAGAAACAGAAGGCAGGGCUGCUGACUCUUGAAGACCAUCCGAACAUCAAGCGGGUAACACCCCAGCGGAAAGUCUUUCGUUCCCUCAAGUACACGGAGGCUGAGCCCGGCGCGCCCUGUAACGAGACCCGCUGGAGCCAGAAGUGGCAGUCGUCACGGCCCCUGCGCAGGGCCAGCCUCUCCCUGGGCUCCGGCUUCUGGCACGCCACCGGGAGACACUCGAGUCGGCGGCUGCUCAGGGCCAUCCCGCGCCAGGUGGCCCAGACGCUGCAGGCCGACGUGCUGUGGCAGAUGGGCUACACAGGCACUAACGUAAGGGUUGCUGUGUUUGACACUGGGCUGAGUGAGAAGCACCCCCACUUCAAAAACGUGAAGGAGAGAACCAACUGGACCAAUGAGCGAACGCUGGAUGACGGGCUGGGCCACGGCACGUUUGUGGCAGGUGUGAUAGCCAGCAUGAGAGAGUGCCAGGGAUUUGCUCCUGAUGCAGAGCUUCAUAUUUUCAGAGUCUUUACCAACAACCAGGUCUCCUACACGUCCUGGUUCCUGGAUGCCUUCAACUAUGCCAUCCUGAAGAAGAUUGACGUACUGAACCUGAGCAUUGGCGGCCCCGACUUCAUGGACCACCCCUUCGUUGACAAGGUGUGGGAAUUAACAGCUAACAAUGUCAUCAUGGUUUCUGCUAUUGGCAAUGAUGGGCCUCUUUAUGGCACUCUCAACAACCCUGCUGACCAGAUGGAUGUCAUCGGAGUGGGUGGCAUUGACUUUGAGGACAACAUCGCCCGCUUCUCCUCUCGGGGAAUGACCACCUGGGAGCUGCCUGGAGGCUAUGGCCGUGUGAAGCCUGAUAUUGUCACCUACGGCGCUGGAGUGCGGGGCUCGGGCGUUAAAGGAGGGUGCCGGGCCCUCUCAGGGACCAGCGUGGCUUCCCCAGUGGUGGCUGGUGCUGUCACCUUGCUGGUGAGCACAGUCCAGAAACGUGAACUAGUGAACCCAGCCAGCAUGAAGCAGGCCCUGAUUGCGUCCGCCCGGCGGCUUCCCGGUGUCAACAUGUUUGAGCAAGGUCACGGCAAGCUGGAUCUCCUCCGAGCCUAUCAGAUCCUCAACAGCUACAAGCCCCAGGCCAGUUUGAGCCCCAGUUACAUCGACCUGACCGAGUGUCCUUACAUGUGGCCCUACUGCUCCCAGCCCAUCUACUAUGGGGGCAUGCCGACUAUUGUCAACGUCACCAUCCUCAACGGCAUGGGAGUCACGGGGAGGAUCGUGGACAAGCCCGAGUGGCAGCCCUACUUACCGCAGCACGGAGACAACAUUGAGGUCGCUUUCUCCUACUCCUCAGUGCUGUGGCCCUGGUCUGGCUACCUCGCCAUUUCCAUCUCUGUCACCAAGAAGGCCGCCUCCUGGGAAGGCGUCGCGCAGGGCCACGUCAUGGUCACCGUGGCUUCCCCGGCAGAGGUGGACUCAAACAGUGGUGCAGAACAGACGUCCACAGUGAAGCUGCCGAUCAAGGUGAAGAUCAUCCCCGCCCCUCCCCGGAGCAAGCGUGUCCUCUGGGACCAGUACCACAACCUGCGCUACCCACCCGGCUACUUCCCCCGGGACAACCUGAGGAUGAAGAAUGACCCUCUGGACUGGAAUGGUGACCACAUCCACACCAACUUCAGGGACAUGUACCAGCACCUGAGGAGCAUGGGCUACUUCGUUGAAGUCCUCGGCUCCCCCUUCACGUGUUUUGAUGCUAAUCAGUACGGAACGCUGCUCAUGGUGGACAGUGAGGAAGAGUACUUCCCGGAGGAGGUGGCCAAACUGCGGAGGGACGUGGACAACGGCCUUUCACUCAUUGUCUUCAGUGACUGGUACAACACAUCCGUGAUGAGGAAAGUCAAGUUUUACGAUGAAAACACCAGGCAGUGGUGGAUGCCGGACACCGGAGGAGCCAACGUCCCAGCCCUGAACGAGCUGCUGUCAGUCUGGAACAUGGCGUUCAGCGAUGGCCUGUACGAGGGGGACUUUACCUUGGCGAAUCAUGACAUGUAUUACGCGUCAGGGUGCAGCAUUGCUAAAUUUCCAGAAGAUGGCAUCGUGAUAACACAGACAUUUAAGGACCAAGGACUGGAGGUCUUGAAGCAGGAAACGGUGGUGGUUGAAAACGUCCCCAUUUUGGGGCUGUACCAGCUCCCAGCUGAGGGCGGCGGCCGUGUCGUGCUGUAUGGAGACUCCAACUGCUUGGACGACAGUCACCGGCAGAAGGACUGCUUCUGGCUCCUGGAUGCGCUCCUGCAGUUCACGUCGUACGGGGUGACGCCCCCCAGCCUCAGCCACUCGGGAGCUCGGCAGCGCCCCCCCAGCGGAGCAGGCUUGGCAGCCCCGGAGAGGAUGGAAGGGAAUCAUCUGCACCGGUACUCCAAGGUCCUAGAGGCCCGGCUCGGAGGCCCGGAGCCGCGCGCGCUGCCGGCCUGUCCGCACCUGUCAUGGGCCAAGCCACAGCCUUUAAACGAGACGGCUCCCAGUAACCUUUGGAAACACCAGAAGUUGCUCUCCAUUGACCUGGACAAAGUGGUAUUGCCCAACUUCCGAUCGAAUCGCCCUCAAGUGAGGCCCUUGUCUCCUGGAGAGAGUGGAGCCUGGGACAUUCCUGGAGGGAUUAUGCCCGGCCGCUACAACCAGGAGGUGGGCCAGACCAUUCCCGUUUUCGCCUUCCUGGGAGCCAUGGUGGUCUUGGCCUUCUUUGUGGUGCAGAUCAACAAGGCCAAGAGCAGGCCGAAGCGGAGGAAGCCCAGGGUGAAACGCCCGCAGCUCGUGCAGCAGGUUCAUCCGCCAAAGGCCCCCUCAGUGUGA